ACGAAUGUAUUGAGAGCUGGUGUAGAUUUUGGGCAUACCAACACCAUUUAAUUCUUAAUCAUCUCAAUACAAGCAUGAAUUUAGGAAUGCUGAUCAUUUAUUGGUCGUACUAUGAGCGACAGCAAAAAUCCAAAAAUAACUAGAAAUUUAAAAAUAAUACAUCCUGUAUACAACAGUAUGUUUCACAUAAGCGACCCACCAACAACAUAAAACAGAACUCUGAGACACGUGUGCUAUAUCGCUUUAAUGAACUCGUAAAUAAUUAGUUCAUUUCUUUGAUUGGAUAAUAAUUUAUUUUGACGAAUUAUGACUGGUCUAUUCAUAUGCGAAUUGUGUCGGAACAAGUCGGUACAAAAUGCGGCUAAAGCUUGUGGGUUUCUUGUGUUUAGUAUGUCGAGUGUCUGGAGAGGAAUUUCCAUCGCUGAUCACGGCGAAUGCUUCUAUCGCCGUAGUUCUCGAUCGUCAGUACCUAGGCGACAAAUAUCAAGCUGUCUUGGAUGAACUGAAGGACUAUAUCAAGGAACUAGCGAGAGUUGAUUUAACCCAUGGUGGAGUCGUCGUCCAUUACUACUCUUGGACAUCCAUCAGUCUUAACAAAGGUUUCCUAGCAGUCUUCAGCGUCGCAUCAUGCCUAGAUACCUGGGAUCUAUUUUCACGUACAGAAGAAGAAGAACUUCUUCUGUUUGCUCUAACAGAAGUGGAUUGUCCACGCCUUCCACUGCGUUCAGCCAUCACCGUUACUUACGCUGAAGCGGGCGAAGAGUUGCCACAAUUGCUUCUAGAUUUAAGAACCUCAAAUGCUUUCAAGUGGAAAUCUGCUGUUAUACUACAUGAUGACACUUUAAAUCGAGAUAUGGUUUCCCGCGUGGUCCAGUCUUUAACCUCACAAAUAGACGACGAAAGUGCUUCGCCAGUCUCGGUUUCCGUCUUUAAGAUGAAACACGAAAUCAACGAGUAUUUGAGGAAGAAGGAAAUGCAUAGAGUGUUGUCCAAACUGCCUGUGAAGACUGUUGGUGAAAAUUUCAUAGCAAUAGUAACGUCAGACGUAAUGACGACUAUGGCAGAUACCGCCCGGGAACUCCUCAUGUCCCACACCAUGGCGCAGUGGUUGUACGUCAUUUCAGACACCAACAUACAUAACUCCAACCUUUCAGGGCUGAUCAGAGCUUUGUACGAGGGAGAGAACGUCGCUUUUAUUUAUAACCAGACAGAUAAUAGCCCGGAUUGUAAGAAUGGUAUAAUGUGCUAUUGCCAAGAAAUUAUGAACGCGUUCAUAUCAGCGUUAGACGCAGCCAUCCAGGACGAGUUUGAUGUGGCGGCUCAAGUAUCUGACGAGGAGUGGGAGGCGAUAAGACCUAACAAAAUACAGCGAAGGGACAUGCUACUUAAACACAUGCAGCAACACAUAUCAACAAAGAGUCGAUGCGGUAACUGCACCACUUGGCGAGCAUUAGCGGCUGAUACUUGGGGCGCCACCUACCGCCAUUUCACCGAAGAUGAUAUUCUUAAAGAGAAUGAUAACGGUACCGAAGUUACGGUUAUAGAGAAGGUUACUUUAUUAGAUGUAGGGUUUUGGAGGCCGAUAGACGCGAUGACAUUUUUCGACGUCCUGUUCCCGCACGUCCAACACGGAUUCAGAGGGAAAGAGUUGCCAGUCAUUACUUAUCACAAUCCUCCGUGGACCAUACUACACACAAACGAAUCUGGCGCAAUUGUUAAAUAUGGCGGUCUUAUGUUCGACAUAGUCAACCAACUUGCUAAGAACAAAAACUUUACGAUAAAGAUUCUGCUACCAGGGAACGUGAAGAAUGAAAUUUCCAAUGAAACGGAUGCGUUGCACAGUCGGAGAGCGAUGUUGGCCCUCGCUGCCAUUGCGAAAGGUCAAGCGGCACUUGCCGCUGCAUCUUUUACUAUACUACCAAAUCCCACUCCAGGAAUAAAUUACACGAUCCCGGUGAGCACACAACCGUACGCGUUCCUGGUGGCUCGUCCCAGAGCUUUGAGCAGAGCCAUGUUGUUCUUCUUGCCUUUUACAGCUGAUACUUGGCUCUGCCUUGGUCUAGCGGUGAUAACUAUGGGUCCAGUGUUAUACAUAAUACAUCGCAUGAGUCCGUAUUACGAGGCGAUGAAGAUCACACGACAAGGCGGGCUAGCUACUAUACAUAACUGUUUAUGGUAUAUAUAUGGAGCGUUGUUACAACAAGGUGGAAUGUAUCUACCGCGAGCAGACAGUGGUCGUCUCGUAGUAGGGACGUGGUGGUUGGUAGUUCUGGUCGUGGUAACCACGUAUUCUGGUAACUUGGUAGCGUUCCUCACGUUUCCGAAGUUAGAGAUACCUGUGACCUCGAUAGCGGAACUGAUCGAAAACAGAGCGUUGUACACCUGGUCGAUAAAUAAAGGAUCGUAUCUGGAAAUGGAAUUGAAGAAUUCCGAAGAACCUAAAUAUAAAGCGCUGCUGAAAGGAGCGGAGUUAACUACACAUAGUUCAGAAACCAAUGCACACGCAGGUCAUCAUCUCCUGGAGCGUGUGAGGCAACAGCGCCACGUACUUAUUGAUUGGCGCCUUCGGCUCAGUUACUUGAUGAGUGCAGACCACAUAACCACCGGUUCCUGUGCCUUCGCUCUCAGUAUAGAAGAUUUUAUGGAUGAACGAGUGGCGAUGAUCGUGCCCGCUGGCAGUCCUUAUUUAGCCCUCUUAAAUAAAGAAAUAAACCGCAUGCACAAGGCCGGUCUGAUCACGAAGUGGUUGAGCGCGUACCUGCCGAAGCGCGAUCGUUGUUUCAGCAUGUCGUCCAUGGCGGCCGAGGUGAACAACCAUACCGUCAACCUCAACGACAUGCAGGGAUCCUUCUUCGUGCUGUUGCUUGGUGAUUCUUUUUAUUGCUUUGAAUGAUGGGACUAUCUUGCCGUUCGUCUGAUGGUAAGCGAUCAUCAUCAUCAUCAGUCGCAUAAAGUCCAUAAGUUGAACAUAAGUUUCCCCUAAAGAUUUCCAGACGGACCUUUCGAAAGCGAUGAUAUUGCGUACCUUACCCAGGCGGACUCACACAUAUGAG